AUCCUCCCAAAAUUCAAAUUCAAAAGAAAUAGAAAAUGCCCUUAAGAUUGACUUAAUUCCGACCAUGUCCCUUGACUCAGAGUCCUCUCCUCCAUCCUCCAGCAGAGACUGGUUCUUCCCUUCUCCAUCCUUCAUCCAGUCCCCUCAUCAACCGCCGAAAACCCCAAAAUACCCUCGAAGAUUUUCCACGAACCCCAGAAGCUUUCGCUACAACACUUCUGAGUCGGGGCCUCACAAAACGCCGCCAUUUCGAGGCGUUUCACCUUCGGAUUCCGCUCGUUUUAGGGACCCCAGGUAUGCCGGUCUCCGACGAAGAGUCGAAAUCCCUCGCCGGGCCGAUAAUUCGCCUACAAUUAAGGAUGCAGACUCCAUUUCGAGCCAGAAAACAUCGUCACAGGAGAAGAUUCCCGGGUUUUCUUGGCAGCGGGUCAAGGUCCGGUGGCAGAUGGCAUUUGCAGUCGCGACAUUGAUCACUGUUAUGUCGUCGUUGGUGCACAAAAAUUUCUCUUUACACAACCAAGUGAUGGAAUUGCAGGACCAUAUUUUAGUGCUGAAUUUCCAAUUACGGGCUUGUGCUCUGUUGGAUUCUGUAGAUGUUAUUGAUUCAAUGCGACAUGAGAGUGAUUACAUUCCAAGCAAAGGCUUAAAAAACUUGGCUCUCAUUGUCUCAGUUACACUUUUAUCAGUUCCUCUUGUUAUUUUUAAGUGCAUGGAUGUCGUUUCUAAGUCACGAUCAUCAGAUAAUAUUUCAGAAGAAGUUUCCCUACACAAGCAGCUAGCAUACCAGGUGGAUGUGUUUUUAUCUGUCAAUCCAUAUGCAAAGCCAUUGGCAUUGCUGGUUGCAACACUGCUGGUAAUUUUUCUCGGGGGAUUGGCACUCUUUGGUGUAACAGAUGAUAGCUUAGCAGAUUGCCUUUGGCUAUCUUGGACAUAUGUGGCUGAUUCUGGUAACCAUGCUAAUUCUGAUGGUGUUGGUCCCCGGUUAGUCUCUGUUUCCAUUAGCUUUGGAGGGAUGCUUAUAUUUGCAAUGAUGCUCGGUCUUGUAUCUGAUGCCAUUUCUGAGAAGUUUGACUCGUUGAGGAAAGGAAGAAGUGAGGUAGUUGAGCAAAACCACACUUUAAUUCUUGGAUGGAGUGAUAAAUUGGGAUCAUUACUAAAUCAGCUUGCCAUAGCCAAUGAGAGUUUGGGUGGAGGUAUUGUUGUAGUGAUGGCUGAACGAGACAAAGAAGAGAUGGAAAUGGACAUUGCUAAAAUGGAGUUUGAUUUCAAAGGAACUUCUGUAAUAUGCAGAAGUGGGAGCCCUCUGAUUUUGGUUGACCUGAAAAAGGUAUCAGUAUCCAAGGCCCGUGCAAUAAUAGUCCUGGCUGAUGAUGGAAAUGCUGACCAGAGUGAUGCCCGAGCAUUGAGAACCGUCUUGAGUCUAACAGGAGUAAAGGAAGGGCUAAGAGGGCAUAUUGUGGUAGAAUUAAGUGAUCUGGACAAUGAGGUCCUGGUUAAACUUGUCGGAGGGGAUCUUGUUGAAACUGUUGUAGCUCAUGAUGUGAUUGGUCGUUUGAUGAUUCAAUGUGCUCGCCAGCCAGGACUUGCCCAGAUCUGGGAAGAUAUCCUUGGGUUUGAAAAUUGCGAGUUCUAUAUCAAAAGAUGGCAAAAGUUGGAUGGCAUGGUAUUUGAGGAUGUAUUAAUUAGCUUUCCUGAUGCUAUACCUUGUGGAGUCAAGGUUGCAUCCUCUGGUGGCAACAUCAUCCUAAAUCCUGAGGACACAUAUGUUCUGCAAGAAGGUGAUGAGGUUCUUGUCAUAGCUGAAGAUGAUGAUACCUAUUCUCCAGCGGCAUUACCUAUGGUAUGGAGAGGAAAUCUACCCAAAGACUUUAUUGUUCCAAACUCUUCAGAAAAGAUACUUUUUUGUGGUUGGCGACGAGAUAUGGAAGAUAUGAUUAUGGUGUUGGAUGCAUUUCUAGCUACUGGUUCAGAGCUCUGGAUGUUUAAUGACGUUGCAGAAAAGGAGAGGAAAAGAAAGCUUAUUGAUGGUGGCCUUGACACUGACCGUUUGGAGAAUAUAACACUGGUUCAUCGUGAGGGAAAUGCUGUCAUACGACGUCACUUAGAAAGCCUACCCUUGGAAUCCUUUGAUUCAAUCUUGAUUCUUGCUGAUGAGUCGGUGGAAGAUUCAGCCGUUCAAGCUGACUCUAGAUCUCUUGCAACAUUAUUGUUGAUACGAGAUAUUCAGGCUAAGCGUCUACCACUCCGAGAAGCCAUGGUAACCCAAACUCGUAGAGGAGGCUUCUCACAGGGCUCCUGGAUUGGAGAGAUGCAGCAGGCUUCAGAUAAAUCAGUAAUAAUCAGUGAAAUUCUUGACCCAAGGACUAAAAAUCUAUUGUCCAUGUCAAAGAUUAGUGAUUAUGUGUUGUCAAAUGAGCUUGUCAGCAUGGCUUUAGCGAUGGUUGCGGAGGAUAGACAGAUAAAUUAUGUGUUGGAAGAGCUCUUUGCAGAAGAGGGCAAUGGGUUGCAGAUAAGGCAGGCAGAUCUCUACCUUCGUGAAGGUGAGGAAUUGAGCUUCUAUGAGAUCAUGUUGCGUGCUAGACAGAGGCGAGAAAUUGUUAUUGGUACUCGUUUAGCUAAUUCUGAGAGAGCAAUCAUUAAUCCACCAUCCAAAAGCGAGAGGAGGAGGUGGUCAGCGAAGGAUGUUUUUGUAGUGAUCGCAGAGGAGUGAGGCCUUUCUGUUUUAUGUUUGUAGCAUACGUAAUCCACUUGGAAGGGUAGGACACUGAUCAGUAAAGAAAACAAAGUCCUACUUUCUGAAAGCUACAUUGAUAAAACCACGACUGUGCAUACUGCUUGCAGUUGAAUGAACCGAUGUCCCAAUCUAAUCUUAUUUGUGAUGGAAAUCAAUCUCAAGAACGUGAUGGCUGGAAGAGAUGAAAAGACAGAAGAUUAUCAGGCCCAGAACAUUUGUGGAUGUUCUAAUAGAAAAUUCAGUAUGCAUGUGCUAAUUGUACAUGCUCCUAUAGAUGGAGUUUGAUAGUGACUUUUGUUGUUUUUUUACAUUGGACGAGAACCGGCCAAUUGGGCAGAAAUACUGUGAUUCAGAAACCAAAAUUAUCAUUUUGUAUCACAAAUUUGAUUGUAUGUAAUCGGAAGAUACAUAGUUUGAUUAAUUAUAGUCAUGCGUUGGAACUUGAUCCAA